GCUGGGCAAUUGCUCGGAGUUUUACGGCGGAGCAGGCAGGGCUGCGGUGCUGGGAGCCCCGAGCCCGUGCCGCCCGCACCGCCGCCCGCAGCCACAGUAUCGAGAGGAGACACGUCCCCAGGACAAUGAGGUCGUACCAGAAGCUGAGGACGGCGGUGCCACAGCUGGUAUUGAGCCAGGAGGAGGAGGAGGAGGAGGAGAAUGCGACCACCCCGACACCUGCUGGCCGCAGCAAGCUGGCCCCAUGGUGGGUGGGCAGCGGGCUGCUGAUCACCGCCGUGCUGCUGAGCACCAUCACCGUCUGGGUGCUGCGACAAGUAUCCAGGGGCUGGCAUGGCCCUGCACCACCUUCCCAGUGCCACCUGGUCCCUGAGAGCCACCGCUAUGACUGCUACCCUGAGAGGAGCGUGGUGGUGACCCAGGAGCUGUGCGAGAGCCGGGGGUGCUGCUUCAUCGAGACCCUCCCUGGUGGGGGCAAGCAGGGGGUGCCCUGGUGCUUCUACCCACCCAACUUCCCCAGCUACGUGGUGCAGAGCCUCAACCAGACAGCGCUGGGCAUGACGGGGCUGCUGGUGCGCAGGGAGAAGGCCUAUUACCCCAAGGACAUCCAGGUGCUGAGGAUGGACGUGGAGUUCCAGACGAACACACGGCUGCGCAUCAAGAUAACCGAUGCAGCCAAGCCCCGGUAUGAGGUGCCCCUGGAAGUUCCCCGAGUGAUGAAGAGAGCAGAAAACCCCAUCUACAGCCUGGAAUUCUCCCAGGACCCCUUUGGGGUGCUGCUGCGGCGCCAAGGGACAGGGACAGUGCUGCUCAACACCACCGUGGCUCCCCUGAUCUUCGCCGAUCAGUUCCUGCAGAUCUCUACCACGCUGCCCUCCAGGUUCCUGUACGGGUUGGGGGAGCACCGCAGCACGCUGCUGCACAGCCUCGACUGGAACACCCUCACCCUCUGGGCCCGUGAUGUGGCCCCCACGGAAUCCUUCAACCUGUACGGCGCUCACCCCUUCUACCUGCUGAUGGAGGAGGGCGGCGAUGCCCACGGGGUUUUCCUCCUCAACAGCAAUGCCAUGGAGGUGGCCCUGCAGCCUGCCCCGGGCCUGACUUGGAGGACCAUUGGAGGUGUGCUGGACUUCUACAUCUUCCUGGGGCCUGACCCCAACAUGGUCAUCCAGCAGUACCAGGAGGUGAUAGGUUUCCCAGCCAUGCCGCCGCUCUGGGCGCUCGGCUUCCACCUCUGCCGCUGGGGCUACGGCUCCAGCAAUGAGACCUGGCAGACUGCAAGGGCCAUGAGGAACUUCCAGAUCCCACAGGAUGCGCAAUGGAAUGACAUUGAUUACAUGGAUGGGUACCGGGACUUCACCUUCGAUCCCCAGAGAUUUGCCUCUCUCCCCUCACUGGUGGAAGAUCUCCACAAGCACGGGCAGCGCUACGUGAUGAUCUUGGACCCUGGCAUCAGCAGCACCAGCCCACGUGGCUCCUACUGGCCUUUUGAUGAAGGCUUGAGACGGGGUUUGUUCCUAAACACCACCCAGGGGCAGCCGCUGAUUGGGCAGGUCUGGCCCGGCUACACUGCCUUCCCCGACUUCUCCAACACAGACACACACCAGUGGUGGCUGGAGAACCUGCAGCGCUUCCACACCCAUGUGCCCUUCGAUGGCCUCUGGAUCGACAUGAACGAGCCAUCCAACUUCAUGGAUGGGUCUGAAGAGGGCUGCCCGCCCGGAGAGCUCGACAGCCCCCCGUACACGCCGGCUGUGCUGGGCAAUUCCCUGUCCGCCAAGACGGUGUGUGCCUCAGCGAAGCAGAACGCCUCGGUGCACUACAACCUGCACAACCUCUACGGGCUGAAGGAAGCCGAAGCGACGGCGAGCGCCUUGAUCCAGAUCCGAGGAAAGCGUCCCUUUGUUAUCUCCCGCUCCACCUUCCCCAGCCAGGGCCGGUACUCGGGACACUGGCUGGGUGACAACCGGAGCCAAUGGAAGGACAUGUAUUACUCCAUCCCAGGGAUUCUGAGCUUCAGCCUGUUUGGGAUCCCUCUGGUGGGGGCCGACAUCUGCGGCUUCUCCGGAAGCACCUCGGAGGAGCUGUGCACCCGCUGGAUGCAGCUCGGGGCUUUCUACCCCUUCUCCCGCAACCACAACACCCAGAACGAGAAGGCCCAGGACCCCACAGCUUUCAGCCCCUCGGCGAGGACAGCCAUGAAGGACGUACUGCUCACCCGCUACUCCCUCUUGCCCUUCCUCUACACACUUUUCCACCGUGCCCACCUGCAAGGGGAAACCGUCGCCCGACCUUUGUUCUUUGAGUUCCCCUGGGAUGUGGCCACGUAUGGGUUGGACAGGCAGUUCCUGUGGGGCCAGAGCUUGCUGGUGACGCCGGUGCUGGAGCCUGGAGCAGACUCAGUGUUGGGCUAUUUCCCCCAAGGCGUGUGGUACGACUUCUACACGGGCUCCUCUGUGAACAGCAGUGGGGAGAUGUUGAAGCUGUCAGCCCCUCUGGACCACCUCAACCUCCAUCUCCGGGAGGGUUCCAUCCUGCCCACACAGAAACCCAGCACCACCAGCAACGCCACCCGAGGGAACCCGCUGCGACUCAUUGUGGCCCUGUCCCCACGUGCCACUGCCUGGGGGGACCUCUUCUGGGAUGACGGCGAGAGCCUGGACACCUUCGAGCAGGGCAACUACUCCUACCUGGUGUUCAAUGCCACAGAGAACAUCUUCACCUCCAACGUCCUCCAUGCCAGUUCAGAGGCCGCCUAUGUCACCGUUGAUGCAGUGAGCUUCUAUGGAGUGCAGGAGCCGCCCAGCAAGGUCCUCCUAGAUGGGCAGGAGAAGCCCUUCUCCUACCUGGACAACCAGGUCCUCACCGUCAGCGGCCUCGGCCUCGGGCUCAGCCAGGGCUUCUCCCUGCAGUGGCUGUGAGCUGGGGGGAGCACGGGGCUGCCCUGCCUUGCCAUGACCUCCUGUGCACCUUCCUGCUCCAGCCCUCCAGGCCAGGAUGGUAACACAGCGUCAGGGAUUGUCAUCUGUCAUCACCCGCUGCUGCAGAUGGGGGCAGGGGAUGUGGGGAUGGGGUGGGGCUCCAUGCUGUGUCGUCAGUGUGGAGUCAGGGGUGUGCGCCACGGUCCCAUCUGCAAUAA